GUUUUUGUACUCUACAAUAACUGGAGCAGUGAAUACAUGUUUUCAGUUAAUAUCUACUCUCCUUGCAUUAUCCUGCCCUACGCUUCUUGCGGCCUUCCAGAUACUUUCUGCCCAGCGGCCGACUUCAAAGUUUUAUCUUGACAAUGAGGUUUGGUUUGGGUUAGAAGUUGGUACGUUUAUUAUUCUACCUCUCUUCAUUCUCACAAUAUUCGGAACAAUUAACUAUUGCAAGAUAUCAAUAAGCUCCCGACCCAUGCCAUCAUCUGAGUUAGUAGGAGUGAAGACUAAUAUUGGUCUGGUAGUGAUUACUAACAUCAGUAUUUUCAUUUUUCUCAUUCAGGAAUGUCUUAUGCUUUGGCUAUCACAAUUGAAUUCUAAAAGCGCACUGGACAUGAAUGUAAAGAAUAUGCACGAACUGGUCUCUGUAUCACUACUGUGUGUAAGAAUGGGAUUGAAUCUGAUUCAGUUUUUAGUCCCCCUCGUCGUUCUGCACAUUUCUAGUUCGUGUUGCUAUAAAUGCUGUUGCCCAGCAAUUAAUCAGCUGGAGGAAACAAGAUACAAACCUGUAAGUAGAGUUGCUGAGAAUAUUAAUCUUUAAACAGAUAUAAUCAUAAUGUGAAAACAGAUUAGCAAUGCCUUCCGUAGUUCACAUUUUAUUUAAAUGUAAAAAAAAUUUAUUAUUCACAAAAUUUAAAAAUCGGCAAUCAAAUACUCCAUCUUGUGAAGUUAUGUAAAUAAAUUAAUUUUGAAAUGAA